AUGUGGAAAUGCAAGUGGUUAUCUUUAUGCAUGAUCUUCUUGUUUCUGCAAUAUCAUCAUGUAGCUGUUUCAUCAUCUUCUAAUGCAACUACUAGACAUUUGAGUCCUAAAGUGCAACAGCUUGCACUGUAUCAGUUUAAGCUGAGUUUUACGUUAAAUACUUCAGCGGUGGGAUGUUAUCUUCCAUGGCAUGUUACUAUUGCGCUUCCAACGACUGCAAGUUGGAGCAUGAGUUCUGAUUGCUGCACGUGGGAAGGGGUGACCUGUGACCAGAUGACUAGGGAUGUGAUCGAACUGGACCUGAGUUGCAGCCAACUUGUAGGAUCCAUUCCUCCAAACAGCACCCUCUUCCAGCUUUCUCAUCUCCAGUCCCUCAACUUAGAUCACAAUUAUUUGUAUGGAGUAUUGCCUGAAGAAACUUUUCACCUGCCUAACUUAAAACAGUUGAGUGUACAAAUGAACUCCAAUCUCAGUGUUAUUUUACCAAAAGUUAAGUGGGGAAGUAGUGUUAGUCUCGAGAUGCUUUCAGUAAGCUACAUCAAGUCCUUAACCUCAUCUGAAGCAAUACCUGAUUCAUUAGGCUACCUCAAGUCCUUAACCACUUUGUCAAUAUCAGACUGCAAUCUGUCUGGGCCAAUUCCCAGAUCGAUCAGCAACCUUACUCAACUUACAGAGUUGCACCUGAAUAAUAAUCAUUUUAGUGGCCAAAUUCCUGAUUAUUUAUCUGAUCUUCAAAAUCUCACAUACUUAUCCCUUUAUGAUAAUGAUUUAAGGGGUCAGUUUCCCUCCUGGCUUUGCAACCUUAGACAACUCGAAACUUUGAUUCUCCCUGGGAAUUUACUAUCCGGGCCUCUGCCCUCCAACAUAACUGCUCUCUGCUUUCCAAACCUAGUUUCUCUUGAUCUGGCACAUAACUUGCUUAACGGGACAGUACCAAACUGGCUAUUCCAUCACCCUUCAUUGACAGACUUAAAUAUAGGUGAUAAUGAGUUCACAGGUCAGCUGAAUGAGUUCCCUUCGUCUAAGUCUCCCUUGGAGUCUUUUUACUGUUUCAACAAUUUACUAAGCGGAACCAUUCCUCUAUCGUUUUCUGCUCAUGUGAACCUCAGGUCUCUAGACUUUUCCUACAACAAUUUCAGUGGUGUCCUGGAUAUUGAAAUGUUUUCACCCAUAAAAUACCUCUACAACCUUGAUCUUUCUCAGAAUAGUCUAUCAGUGAGAAUCAAAAGCACAACCAUGCUUUCUCCAAAUCUUGAAACUUUGGGUUUGUCAUCGUGCAACAUCACGAAGUUUCCACCUCUAAGAUCUUUAGAAAACCUUAAUAACCUGGACUUGUCAGACAACCAAAUUGAUGGGGAAAUACCUCAAUGGCUUGGGUUGAGAGAAAUGUACUACUUGAACCUUUCUCAAAACAGCUUAAUAGGUGGUAUUGAGAAUCUUCCCUGGAACAGCCUAAAUCAUCUUGAUCUCCAGUCUAAUAUGCUCAAUGGAACAUUACCCACUUUAAUGUGCAAUUCUAGCUAUCUUUCCAUCAUCAAUCUGUCUCAUAACAAUUUGAGCGGUGUACUCCCCACAUGUUCAAGUUUGAACUACACUCUUUCAGUGUUCGAUCUACGAAUGAAUGCUAUCAGAGGAAGUCUUCCAUCCAGUUUAUCAAAUUUUCGUGAACUAAAAAGUUUAAAUUUGUAUGGCAACAAAUUGGAAGGAACCAUUCCUCUUUCUUUUGCAAAGCUCGAGUACUUGGAAGUUCUUGAUCUUGGAAGUAAUCAAAUAAGCGGUACCUUCCCCCAGCAGUUGGAAGUUCUUCAAAAUCUCCAGAUUCUUGUCUUAAAAUCAAAUAAAUUCCAUGGUAUCAUAAGCAACAUUUCUACAAUAGAACACCCAUUCCCUAACUUGAGAAUCAUUGACAUCUCUGACAAUGAUUUUUUCGGUCCUCUGCCAGCAAAUUAUAUCAAAAAUUUCAAGGGUAUGAUGGAUAGUUCUGCUAAUGAAAUGGAAAGGAGGUACAUGGGGGGCCCCUAUUAUAGUGAUACAGUGAUCAUGGUCAUAAAAGGGGUAAAAUUUGAACUUGUUAGGAUUCUAACUGUAUUCACGAUCGUUGAUCUAUCAAGAAACAAGUUUGAAGGGGAAAUUCCAGAAUACAUUGGAAAUUUGAAGUCACUCCGAUAUCUCAAUUUAUCUCAUAAUCAUGUCUCUGGCCAUAUACCAUCUACACUUGGGAAAUUGUCAAUGCUAGAGUCACUAGACCUCUCUUCCAACAGACUAGUGGGAAAUAUUCCAGAGCAACUCACAGGUUUAUUCUCUCUUUCGGUUUUAAAUCUCUCUCAGAAUGAUCUUAGUGGUCACAUUCCAAAAGGAUAUCAGUUCAAUACAUUUGAAAAUGAUAGCUAUGCUGGAAACUUGGAGCUCUGUGGACAUCCGUUAUCUAAAAAGUGUGAGAAAGAGAUUAUUGAGACACAAGAAGAAGAAGAAGAAGAAGAAGACGAUGAUGAGUACUUUUUUAGUGGUUUUACUUGGAAAGCUGUGGUGAUAGGAUAUGGCGGAGGAGUGGUGGUGGGAUUUGUGGUAGGAUACAUGAUGUUCAUCAUUGCAGGAGAACCAAAAUGGUUUACACGAACUGUUGCCAGAGAAUUGCGCUACAAGGUCAAAAGGAUUGAAGUUAGAUAA